AUGGCUGCUCCGUCGCGAGAGGGCUCAAAACCCUCAAUCAACCGCCAGACCACCGCACCUUUCCAUUUGAAGCUCUUCUACCGAGUGAACAACUACAACCCCCUAUCCGACUACAGCAUCCCCGCACCAUCUCGUCGCGGAGGACCAGUCAGCGGCCCAAACUCCAUCCGCCCAACAUCACCCGUCGCAUCUCCAGCGCCGCUCCCACCACACCUGGAGAUCUACACAUGGCAAUCAUGCACACUCCGCGAGCUCUCCCAGCUCCUCACUUCCGCCCUCCCAUCAUUACUCCCCGACCCGCCUGUCGGCACCCGUCUCUGCUUCCGAUUGAUCUACCCCGACGCGCGCGGCGCCGCAAUGGGCGGCCCCGAUGCGCGAGGCCGAUACCUGAGCCGGGAUUUAGGCAGUGCGAUUGUUGGGCCGAGGGAUAGUCCAUUGCGCGCAGACGACGACGAAGAUAAGCAGGAUGCACGACCUCGCCCUGGCCCGCUCCGGUUCCAGGGCUCCGAGGCCGACAGGCCCCUGCAGGAGGCUCGUUUCAUCGUUGGAGACUACAUUGAAUGCGCGAUUCUGGCGCCGCUUGAGGAUGGGUCUGUUGCGCCGGCGCUUAAUGGUGCAUCUGGUCCGAUUCUGGGGCCUAGAGGGGGUGGUGGAGGUGGCAUGCGCGCGUUCCGGGAUAAUGGCUUUACGAGAGGGCCUGGUCGUGGUGGUCCUCGUGGAGGAGGAGGUGGUGGUGGUGGACCUCCGAAUUUGCCUCGAGGUGAUUGGCAUCGUGGUGAGCGAUUGCCUGAAGGUGGACGUGGAGGCCGUCGUGGAUGGGCGCCAUAUUGA